AUGGCACAGCUUGCACUGGACGAUCCCGCUGCUUUGAAGAAGCUAUUGGAUGAUUGUGCAGUUCCAGCACCCAUUGUUGCCAACUUGAAUCUUUUAGGCUACCGUUCUGUAGCUUUGCUUGGUUUUGCAGUCCCCAGUGAUGGACACGUGGAUGAAAUGAUUGAAAAGCUCACUCCACAUGAUCUAGGGGAGCAGAUUGACCUCUUAUCGCCAGGUGCGGCUAGUUUGAGACGAGCUAUCCGCCAAUGCUUCGAAGCGUGCCAGGCGAAAGGUGGCAUCCCAUGUGAACCAAACUUUGCAACAGCAGCCAAACCAAAGCUGUCUCUGACGGAGUAUAAGGAACUGAAGCUUAAGUUUGUUGAACACUUUCCAGGUGAAUUGUUGACACCGGAAUCCACUCCCAGCUUCAUGUUUCUUGCCAGUUUGAAAGAGCAAGUGGAUGCCGGCACUUGGACAUGGACACCAUGGCGUCAUCGUAUCUCUGAACAUGCUGAGAUGCUUUUUCAGGAAAAUCGGAAGCCUCGAUCAGAUCACCAGUUACUUCAACGCAUGCUUAACCAGCAGGAACUGAUGGACUUCCCAGAAGCCAGCGACAUGCAGACAGCCUUGCAGCCCAGACCUCGUUCUCUACAUGCUCCAACGACUCCGAAGAAGGUGGAACCCAAGGCCACUCCGAAAAAGCCGGGUACUCCACCACCAGUUCGCAAGGAUGAUCGACUGAAAGACUGGAAUGAGAGGCCCUCUUCAACUGUGGACUUGGAGCCGCCCCCUGGUGAUUUUUCUUUGGGAGCUUGGCCAGGUGCAUCAGCCUCCGACCUUCAAGUCCAAGAAUCAGCCACAGUGCAUGAUCGGGCACGGCACAUCUUGACCUUGGUGGCAGCGAAGGGUGGCAUUGUCGUCAUUGAAAAUCCUCUGACCAGCAUGACAUGGCUGGACGGGCUUAUGAGUGCUUGGGUCAGGGCUACAUCCCCCUACCUUGCCGCGGCAGCAGCUUGCAGGUUCGGGGAGGACUGGCAGAAGUCCUGGCUGUUUUGCUCCAACAAAGUGGACAUCCUUGCCAUUGGUUUGGGCUGUGAUCACAACCCCAAGUCACAUUUGAAUUUUGCAGGCCUUCGACUUCCGGAUGGUUCAUUCUACAGUCGGCUUACAGCUUGCUAUCCCAAAAAGUUGGCAGAAGCUCUGGCGAAGGUCUUUUUGCCCUAUUUGUCCAGACAUUCGAAGGUGGCUACAUUGCGAGCAUGGCCCUCCUGUUUGCCCUCAACCUUUACUGCUCAACCAUUGACCCAACGGGUUGAGGACGGGGGUGGUCUUAUCAGUACGGCAGUGUGGCAUUCCCCACAGGCCCCAGAUGUGUUGGGAGGCUUGUGCAAGCGUUGGACCUCUCGCAUCCUCCGCAUGGGCCUACAUUCACAUAUCUUGUCGCAUUUUGCAACGGGGUCCAAAGAUCCCCCAUUAUCUGACCAGCAGCUGCAGGGUUUUUUGAUGGAUGUGCGCGAGUUUGUGGAUGUUCCUGAUCGGAUUUGGGAUCAAGCUCUGCAUGUUGCUCCUGGUCAACCAUUUCGAUUGGACCUCUGGAUAUGGCUGGGCAUUCAAAUACCUGGCUCCAGCAAACGCAAACUGCUACCUGACACGCAUGAGGCCCUGCAAGCUUGGAAAGAUGUCCUCAUUGGUAUAUGGAACGACGAUGCUGAUGCGUUGAGUCGUGGUAG